AUGACUGACAAACUUACAAGGAUUGCGAUUGUAAAUUCGGACAAGUGUAAACCAAAAAAAUGUAGACAAGAGUGUAAAAAAUCUUGUCCAGUGGUUAGAAUGGGUAAACUUUGUAUUGAGGUGACACCUGAUAGCAAGAUUGCUUAUAUUUCAGAAGAAUUAUGUAUUGGUUGUGGUAUAUGCAUCAAAAAAUGUCCAUUUGGUGCUAUUAUGAUCAUUAACCUUCCAACUAAUCUAGAAAAAUUGGUAACUCAUCGUUACUCUGCCAACUCUUUUAAACUUCAUCGUUUGCCUAUUCCUAGACCAGGUCAAGUACUUGGAUUAGUUGGUACAAAUGGUAUUGGAAAAAGUACUGCUUUGAAAAUUUUGGCAGGAAAAUUGAAACCUAAUUUAGGAAGAUAUGAUGAUCCUCCGGAUUGGCAAGAAAUCCUAAAAUACUUUCGUGGAUCAGAAUUACAAAAUUAUUUCACAAAAAUAUUAGAAGAUAAUUUAAAGGCUAUUAUCAAACCACAAUAUGUUGAUCACAUUCCAAGAGCUGUUAAAGGUGUAGUUACUGAGUUAAUUGAUGCAAAGUUAGAACGUGAUAAUAAGGAAGAAAUGAUUGAUGCUUUGGAUUUGCGUGAAAUACUGAGACGUCAAGUUAAUGAAUUAUCUGGUGGAGAACUUCAACGCUUUGCUAUUGCUGUUGUGUGUAUUCAAAAUGCUGAUAUUUACAUGUUUGAUGAACCUUCAUCUUAUUUGGAUGUUAAACAACGUCUAAAAGCAGCCAGAACAAUAAGAUCUUUAUUAAAACCAGAAAGUUAUGUAAUCGUUGUUGAACAUGAUUUGUCAGUUUUAGAUUAUCUUUCUGAUUUUAUUUGUGUGCUUUAUGGAAUGCCAUCAAUAUAUGGUGUCGUUACUAUGCCUUUUACUGUUCGUGAAGGCAUUAAUAUUUUCUUGGAUGGUAAAGUGCCAACGGAAAAUUUAAGAUUCCGUGAUGAAUCUUUGACUUUUAAAUUAGCAGAAACCGCAGAAGAUGAAAAAGAAGUUGAUAAAUUUAGAAGAUAUCAAUAUCCAGACAUGAAGAAAACUUUAGGUGAUUUUGAUCUGACUGUUAAUGCUGGAGAGUUUACUGAUUCAGAAAUUAUUGUUAUGCUUGGUGAAAAUGGAACAGGAAAAACAACAUUUAUCCGUCUUCUAGCUGGUAUAACAAAACCUGAUGGUGAAGAACAUGUGCCAGAGUUAAAUGUUAGUUAUAAACCUCAAAAGAUUUCACCUAAAUAUCAAGGAACAGUCAGAGCACUUUUUCUUCAAAAGAUCAAACCAGCAUUUAUGCAUGCACAAUUUCAAACUGAUGUUGUCAAACCUAUGCAAAUUGAUCCUAUUAUAGAUCAAGAAGUUAUACAUUUGUCUGGUGGUGAACUUCAACGUGUUGCUAUUGUGCUUGCAUUAGGUCAACCUGCUGAUAUUUAUUUGAUUGAUGAACCUUCUGCUUAUUUAGAUUCAGAACAACGUAUUAUUGCUGCAAAAGUUAUCAAAAGGUUUAUCUUACACAAUAAAAAGACUGCAUUUGUUGUUGAGCAUGAUUUUAUAAUGGCUACAUAUUUAGCAGAUCGUGUUGUUGUAUAUGAAGGUCAACCUUCUGUUAAAGCGGUUGCUAAUACGCCGCAAUCUUUAUUAUCAGGAAUGAAUAAAUUCCUUUCAUCAUUGGAGAUUACAUUUAGACGUGAUCCAACUAAUUUUAGGCCUAGAAUUAAUAAAGUUGGAUCAUCAAAAGAUAAAGACCAAAAAUUGAAUGGCAAUUACUUCUUCCUUGAAACAGAAGCCUAA